AUGAUCCAAGUGGACGGUAUUGGCAGUGUCGACACCGCGCGAUAUUCCGAUAAGGAUGUCGCGCUGGCGAUGGUCAGCGAUGUCGCCCAGGAAAUCGAUCCAGUCGUCGCAAAAAGAGUACUGCGAAAAAUCGAUCUGUACUUCAUGCCCGCCAUGUUAGUCGGAAGUGCAUCCCUAUUUGGUAUGACCACCGAUCUGGCUUUGAAAGUGGUCGAUAAUUCCACCUCUCCAGCCACAGUCGAUACCUCUCGUCUCAGUUGGGCAACGUCAAUUUUCUAUUUUGGAAUGCUGGCUGGGCUUUAUCCGAUGACUUUCAUCUUACAAAGAUUCAAUAUUCGAUAUAUUCUUGGUCCCGUCGUUCUACUUUGGGCCUUUGUCUGUGCGGCGACUGCUGGCGUGUCAUCUUGGCGAGGGCUAUUUGUUCAGCGAUUUUUCCUUGGUACUCCCCCGGCUACUUUCGGACCCUUUGAUAUCAAAUUUUCUGACAAAAUGGAAGGUUUUAUUGAGAGUGUCAUUCCGACGAGCUUUAUGACAGUUGUCGGCAGCUACUACACGCAAGAAGAGCAAGCUCUUCGACAAGCUUGGUGGUUUUCCGGAACUGGUUGGUUCACCAUCAUUGGCGGAGCGCUGAACUAUGGCUUCGGUCAGAUAACAUCCGGUUCAUUGGCCAGAUGGCAGUAUAUCUAUAUUUUUGCGGGCGCCUUGACGUUUUUGUUCGGGCUCUGGUGCUGUGCAAUGCCCAACUCGCCGGUGUCAGCCUGGUUCUUGACCCCGGAGGAGAGAGUGAUUGCUGUAGAGCGAUUGCGAAAAGGCCAAACAGGCGUCCGUUGCCAGAAAAUCAAAUUCGAUCAAAUCAAAGAGUCCUUGGGGGAUAUCAAGGUUUACCUUGUAGCCAUCAUGAUGGCGGCAGCUUACACCAUUAACGGCGCUAUCUCUGGCUUUGGGCCACUAAUCGUAUCUACAUUUGGCUAUGAGACCACAGACUCGAUUCUAUUCCAAUUCCCCGUGGGUGGGGUGUGUGUCAUAUUCAUACCUCUGUGCGGUUAUAUUCCAACCGUGAUUCCCAACUCACGCAUUCCCAUGUUGAUUAUAUGCUGCUUGCCGGUUAUUGCCGGCUGUUGUAUCAUUUGGAAAUCUCAAUGGGGCUAUCAUCCCGCCACUCCAGUCGUCGGCUAUGCACUGACGGGUUUCUUCGGACCAGUGGUGAGCCUUAUCAUCACGGUCGGGGCUAGCAAUGUGGCAGGAGCCACCAAGAAAUCCGUGAUGGCGGCCACGGUCUUUGUCGCCUACACUGUCGGAAACAUAAUUGGACCUCAGCUUAUCAAGAGUGAGACCAAGGCUCAACACUAUCCAGAGCUAUGGACAGGUUUGAUUAUUUGCUAUUGCAUCACUAUUGUCGCAGCCAUUACUCUUUACCUGGUGCUCUGGAGGGAAAACCGCUCUAGAAGCAGACUGGCGUUAGAUGAGGUGCAGCGUGACAAGAUCGCCUUCGAUGACCUUACUGAUGGGCAAAAUCCUUAUUUCCGGUACGUUCUGUAA